AGCUCAGUGGCCCUGAUUUUUGGCUUUUCUUCCCUCCUUCAGCCCUUCUUCGCCUUCAGUUACAAAGAGAAAUUUCCUACUAACGGUUGGAAGGUUUAUGAUCCGGUGGCAGAGUAUAAAAGACAGGGUUUACCCAACGAGAGCUGGAAAAUAUCCAAAAUUAACAGCAUGUAUGAAUUUUGUGACACAUAUCCUGCCGUUCUUGUUGUGCCAACCAGCGUCAAAGACGAAGACGUCUCCCGGGUGGCUGCAUUCAGAGCGAAAGGCAGAGUUCCAGU